UGUUCUGUUUGUAUAUUUCAUAGAAAUUUACACGGUUACUGAGUGUCAAUAAUGUUCGAAUAAUCAGAAGUGAAAGUAUUCAUUCAUCAGCAAUCCUCGAAAUAUUAUUUCACGAUCGAAUAUAUUUUCAUAAAAAAUAAUUAAACUAAAAUCGACAUUUCAUUGAUAUUUAAAGUGCGUAUAACCUUACGGCGGCCUGAAGAAUUUCAGUGAUUCACGCGGUAUCCGAGUACUAGAAUCGAGUGGCAAUGAUGUUAAUUCAUGUAAUCAAUUGCAUUGUUUAUAAUUAACAGAAAUGACUCACGAUAAAUGAAUUUAUGGAAUGCUUCACCGAUGUUCGGUUAUUUAUUCAUUGAUGUUCGUCGUAUUAAUAUAUGUGCUUCCGUCGGAAACAAUACCAGCACGUACGUAACCGACAUACAUUUUCGAUAUAUUCGUAUGUAAAUGUUUGCUUAUCUACUCUUCGCGAGUUAUCGAAUUAUCCGUUUCUUUUAUGUGAGUAUGAAUAACGUAGACGCUGUAUAUAGCCGAAAGGAUGUAUCGUUGUUAGAAAGGGCGUGUGUUUGCUUUCUGACGGAGAAUUUAUCUCGUUCCUGUUUUCCAUUGAUCGCAAUUGGAAGUCGUUAAAAAAUAUAUAUAUUAAAAAAUUCUGUUCAAUGGAAAAUUGAUAAAAGUGUAAAAUUUAUGGUGGGUUCUCUUUUGCACGCAUUCGAAGAUUCAAUCGUCGUGCACCUCCAUUUCCGUCGCCGGACUAAUCUCGAAAGCGUAAGGUCUGGGCGUAGUUGGAAUCGAUCAUCACGCCAUCAACAGAAUUUCGCGGGGAAAAUACGUUACGGAUCUUGGUUAGCCGGGAUUCCCCGAAACUCUGAUGCGGUUUUGUUGCAAUUAACGUUACUAAAUAAUAUUAUAAUAUUAAUAUAGUGUUAUUAAAUUUGUUAUUUCUAUAGAAUGAUUAACAAUGGCGAACGUGUAUUGUUGAAACAAACGAAUCCAUGUUGCGUAGAUGUUUUAUCUCUGUUAUAUUGUGCACAGCGGUAUGCCUAGUUUUUUUGGUAUACGUUGACAGUUAACAAUACACUUAACGUUUAGAUUGACAAAGUCAAAAUAACAGAAUCGUUAAUUACUAAUCGUAACAUUGUUUCGCCGGUUCAGCUGUUCACGAGGGGUUUACGAUGUUAGCUAACCGCCGACUAUACACACAAACCGGCUGUGAGUAAAUGUAAUUGAAGUACGUUUGUGUGCUGAACAAUUUAUAUAGUGCGCGAUUCCCGUGGGAAAUCCGGCUGGAAUAGAAUAUUCGAUCGUUUAGUUCCGUCGUUUGCGAAGGGCUACCAUGGCCGCGUACUUAAAUUAAAAUAUGCAAGUACUGGUUACUUCGGCUGUGAGGGGUCGGUGCUGAACUUACCCUUAUAUCAGAGUGUUGUUACUUGCCGUUAUUACUUUUGAUAUUCCAAAUCAAUAAUUGUUACGAAACGUUAUUUAGAAACAUUUUUUAAUAACAAUUGAUUGUUAAACAAACUGCAAUGUGUUCGCUUCGCAGUACUGAAUUUUGAAUUUAUAUUCGAUAUACUUCACACUGUUACUACUCUAGUCAUAUACACACGUUUCUGAGUUUAUAUUUUAAUCGUUGAAUUUAAGAAAAUUCGAAAGUAUUUCAGUCAAUUUUCGGUAUUAAAUCGAUCGAUAUCGAUCCCAGUGAAUCGAUAAUCGUCGCGAUACAGAAGACAUAUGGUCGAUACGUUGAAACGGUUAACCGAAGCGUAAGGGCAUUGCUUUCAAAGAGCUAAAGUUCGAAAGGCCGAAAGCGCCAAAAGCGUUUACUGCUGAUACAACGGAAAUCUAUAAUCGAUAUUGACGAUGUUUAAAUGCUGUGUGUGCAAUAAGAGCACAAAGAAGGAGAAGCCAAGCGGCGAGGUGGCGAAGCAAAGUCAGAAAGCGGCCGACUCGCUGAUAGUUCCCGUCGAGUCGACGGGGGUUGAAGGGAACGGGCAGAUCGGCCGAGACGAGAAGUUGAACGGUGACGUGCAGAGAUCGGAGAAAGUUUCGCCGUCGAUGGAGAAUUGCUCCGAGGUGGUGAUUGAUGACUUGACUGUCAAGAGUCCGUUGCCUUCUGGUAAGCGCGACGAAGCUAAUGAUGCCGUGCGAUCGAAGCAAGAAUCGAUAACGGAAUCGAAUGACAAGAACCGCGACGGCGAUCCCGAAAAUGGGGACAAUCGAACAAAGGAGGACGAGAUAAGAGGAUUGUGCGGUGUCAAGGAUAUGAAUGGAAUCGGAGAAGUAGACGGAAAUGACGACACAAGUGUGAUCGGUGACGGGGGAGGCGAUAACGGAUUAAUGGCGGCAAUACUGAAUUCCAGUGUUCCUAACACCGUUAAAAUGAACCUUUAUGAUUCCUCUACCGCGUACAUCGAGAGAACCAUCGACGAUGGGCCAGAAGAAGAAGGCGAUGAUUCCGUUUUCGAAGCCUGCCCGAACGACAACAAUGCGAAUAAAAAACUGCCGCCAGCGUCUUCAGUUCCUCGCUGGCUGUCGGAAGAAGACGAUGGCGAACAUGAUUCGGAAGAGUGCAGCGGAAUGCAAGAACCGCCCGCGACGCCGGUCGCCCGCGAUGAGCUAGCCUUAAGGCGUCACAGAUUCUUCUCCGAUUUGUUGCACGCCGCGCAAAACGCGACGGAGCACAGAGUGAGGUUCGACCCCCUAGGACCGAUGGUGCACGCUGGUUGCGACUCCAGCGAUAAAGAAGAUCACUUAGAAGAAUUAGUUAAUCGAUUGGAAAACGUUACCAAACGAUUAGAAAAAGUGCGAGGACAUUCUGUAGCUGAAACUCAAGACACUGCUGUCCAAACAAGUACACCAUCACCAAGGAGGUCUAAGCCAGUUGAAAACGGUACAUCAGUACAGUCUGCCUCACCUGUUCAGUUACCUCAUAAAUCAGUAUCAGAUAAAACUGUAAGCAUGUCAGUCUCAGGCUAUGAAGAUUUAUUGGCUGGACCCGUAAGAGAAUAUUUGCAAUUAAGUGAUAAAAUUGGUGGCGAUGUAGCCGUCCAUAGUAAGCUUGUAGAAAAGGCAUUUCAAAUUCAACUUGCAUUUAUUCAAACUGCAGCAAGUCGGCCAGCUCCAACGAAUCAGUCAGAACAGAUUGCUCUACUUGCACCCACCUCUACACAAAUUCAACAAAUUCAAGAUUUUCGAGAGAAAAAUAGAGGGUCUCAAUUCUUUAAUCAUUUAUCAGCAAUUAGUGAAAGUAUUCCAGCUUUGGGAUGGGUUGCUGUAUCACCUACACCAGCACCUUAUGUAAAAGAAAUGAAUGAUGCAGGACAAUUUUAUUCUAAUCGUGUCUUGAAAGAUUGGAAAGAAAAAGAUAAAGUGCACGCAGAAUGGUGCAAGGCUUGGGUACAAACACUAAGUGAUCUUCAACAAUAUGUACGUCAACAUCACACAACAGGAUUGGUCUGGGCAAAAACUGGCUCUGCACCGGCAGGCAUACCACCACCUCCACCACCAUGCAUGCCUAUUGGAGAUGUGGCACCCAUCAAUAUUGCUGAUGAUAGAAGUGCUCUUUUCGCAGAAAUUAAUCAAGGCGAAGCUAUUACGAAAAAUUUAAAGAAAGUAACUUCUGAAAUGCAGACACAUAAAAACCCUUCACUAAGAACUGGUCCAGCACCAUUUAAAGCGCCAAUAGUCGAUAAUGCUAUACCGUCGAAAACAGUACCACCUGCAAGUGCACCAAUUGACAAACCACCAGUAUUUACUAAAGAUGGAAAGAAAUGGCUUAUAGAAUACCACAAAGGAAAUAAAGAUUUGCUCGUUGAAAAUGUAGAGAUGAAUAACGUCAUCUAUAUGUUCCGUUGUCAAGAUUGUACCUUAGUUAUUAAAGGCAAAGUAAAUUCCAUUGUGAUGGAUUCAUGUCGCAAAUCAUCUAUUGUUUUUGACUCAGUUGUAUCGAGUAUCGAAUUUGUCAACUGCCAAAGUGCCCAAAUGCAGGUACUAGGAAAGGUACCCACCAUCUCCAUCGACAAGACCGAUGGUUGCCAGAUGUAUUUGAGCUCGGAGUCGAUGGACGUCGAAUUAAUCAGCAGCAAGUCCAGUGAGAUGAAUGUUAUGGUGCCGAAAGGGAACGGAGAUUACGCUGAGUAUCCUGUACCAGAGCAAUUCAAGACCACGGUCAGUCCGAAGGGUCUCAACACGAUCGCAGUCGACUCACUGGGCUAAAGCUGCCAACAAUUUAACCAUUUAUAGCCUAAACUAACUAUCCGAUUAAGAAUACGGUUCAUUAGAGGUAUCAUCUUCAGAGGAUUCAUCGAUUUCUUAUUUAUUGCUUCUUCAAUUAAUUUAAGACAUCGGGAGAGGGGCGAUGAAGUAGAAUGGAUUAGUUUCAUCCGCGCAACUAGAUCCCGUGAUCUCUCAGAGAACACGGUACUCGAUUAGAACAAUUCACUGAACAACAUUACGGUCCCAUCUCGUUCGAUGUAACUGUGCAUUUCGUGGAGAUCAUCGACUCCCGGUUCAGGCUAAAAUUAAAAAGAUAAAAAAAAUUAAUAGUAAUAAAUAAAAAAUGAUUGCACGAUCAAACGAUUACGCUCACGGAAUUUAAAUUACGCGGGUAUUCGCGACAUGAUAUUUUGUAAUAUAGGAUUAAUUAGAUCUCUAGUGGUUGUGAUUUGUUGAUACAUAUAGAUUGAAUCGGCAUCCUCCACGAAACCGUUCGUUUGCACGUUUGGUGCUGAGAUAAGGAGACAGACUGUAGGUUGGAUUAGUAAUAUAGGUAUGGACAAAAGUUUUGCUACCUUCGGACCGCAAUUUUAUACAUUUACACAAUUUUUUAAUAAUCGAACUUUUGCCCAAACCGGUCGUCAAGAUGACUCGCCAAGGAAUUGCCACUUGACAUUUCUUUCUUUAACGGGCGAUCAAAGCGAGUAUUGCCCGGGCGCACUGAAUAAGGAAAAGAAUAGAAUUGGGAAGCAUUUUGGAGCCACUUCUGAAACGUUUAGGAAUGUCAUAUCAAUAGUUGGAUAUGUUACCUCUAGACUUUUGCAGCAGGGUGCGUUCAUCACGGUUUAGUCAUCGGUUUCAUCAAAAUUGUAUCCUUAUGUCCUAAAUUUUAAGGGUACAUUGAUUUUUUGUUCAGGAGUCUUCCGAUUUUACAGGUAUUCGUGAUGUGUGUAAAUAGAGUAAUAUCGAAUUUUAUUUACGAUCAAGGUAAGCGCCAACAUUAGUUAGCUGGUCAAGGCCAGGCAUUUCGUCUAGAGUUGUUUUAAGGAAAGUUAUUGAUCUUUGAAAUUUCAUAUUUCUACCAAGUUGAUGAGAAAUCAGUUACUUCUUGAAAUCAUUACAUAAAAGUAUGUAGAUAAGGAAUUAGAACGAUGAGAUUGGGCCAUGAUUGUGGAUGUUUCGAUAACCUUGGCCAGCCAACUAGCUUGUCACUUACUGAAACGUUUGUUCAAUCCGAGAAUGUUUGGAAUUUUCGGUAUGCACAUCGGAUUAUGUGUGUGAAAUGAUCAAAAUGAUUGUGCAAAAGUCUUGAUGGUCCACCUGUUAUGAAGAAGGGUAUCGUGAACAAUAGGGGAUGUUGUGAACCUGAUAUUGAACAUCAAAAGCGUGCUGUUUGAACGUGACAUAAAUUACAUUGUGAUUUUUACCACUUGGUAUAUUGUGCUAAUCGUAGGUAUAACGUAACAACUAGCGCUCUACUUAAAGGCGGCACGAUUUAGAGUAACAAGAUCGUUUUAGGAUUAACCAAUGGAUUCAACAGUUCGAUCCUUUUUUAACGAACGGACGGUUAGAGGCAACUCGAACGGUUCCAUUUCAUUUAUAUAUCGUUUGUAUGUGGUACUAAACAUGUAUCAUGCCGGAACGAUGAUUAAUUGACUGAGGUUAUUUGCUCCGAGGAUCGUACUGUCCUUAACACAGUAGACUCUUAACAGCUUUCAUUUUUAAUAUCGAUAGAGUAUUGUAUCGAGAAUAAUCAAUAUUUAUUUCCGAAUAUGAUUUUCAGUGCUAUUUCUAAUUGUCCUAAUAAAAUGAAAUGAUAUACCGUCUAUAAAACGCAGGUGAUGUUGUUAUUCUUUUCAAGAUUGUACCAAUAAUAUAAUAUCAUACAUGAUUUUAGGUUAUAAUUUUUGUAUUAAACUUCUUACAAUAUUUUUCACAUUUUUUUGUUUGUCUAAUUGUUAUUACAUUUUCAAUUUGACUACAUCUUGUGCGACUCAUGGAAUAGAAUUAUCAUUAGUUUCACUGAGAAUAGGAAAUUUAAUAGGUUUGAUUUAUGUAAACAUUAAGACUAACGAGAUUUUUCUAAAAAUUCUUAUUUAUUAGUAUCAAGUACUUUUUUACAUAAUACAUUAGACACGAUAUAUACAUAUUCAUUGGAAGUUUCUCGAACUUACGAAGAACAAAAACGACGAGAUUACGAUAUACGUGGCCUUAAGAUUCGUUUUGCUGCGACAAAGAAUCAAAAUGCCAGGUUCGUCUGAAAUGUCACUAUGUCAAGUAUUUCCGAGUCAUUCGAAAUGACUCGGAAAUACGGAUUCUCUGCGAUUAUUCGCAUUAUCAUCGAACGCGUUAAUAUUGACGAUCAAAUGCAAAGAUAAUUCCGUGAAAGAGUACAAGUUAGUGUUCAUACUGUUGUUAAUCACAAUUUCAAUUAUUUAUAAUUAACACCUUGCACCAAUGUUCAGUAUACUCUCUAACGUUUACCUUCAACUUUCGAUCUCUAUCUAGAUAUUGCACAUACAUUAGUUCAACGAACAUAUACUUUACAGAAAUGUUCGUAUGACAUUGUUGCAACAUUUUAUUUGUUAUCAGGUGGAAGAUCAUUCCACCGUAUUUUAUUUCUACACCUCGUUGCAAUUAACACGUUUGCUGUCGAUAUUUUAUUUGAAAAUCCUUCGUCAUAAAUCACACUGAAUCUCUAAUAUUCUGUUGAAUACAAAAUAUACUUAGUUUUUAGUGUUUUUUUUAUGUAAAUUGGAACUCUCUUAUUUGCUACAUAGUAACGUAAAUGUAUACUAUAUAACUGUUUUUACGUUUACUUUCACUUUAAAUUCUGUAUCAACUGAAUUCGUUUAAUCAAGUAAUGGUAUUAAAUCAACUACACUUUCUACGUACUUUGAAGUUGGAAUAUGAGCAGAUUUUCUUAUUAUAAAGUAAUAAGUUAUUAAAUUCAAAUGUUGAAACUUAAGGUUCAUUUUCGUGGGAUUGGUAACAAAUGUGUUAAAAUGAAUUUUUUUUCAUUCGUUGAACUGAGUACAUCAAUUCUCAACGAUUCAAGUACGGUCAGUCUUUGAUCAUUAAAGAUUAAUAGGGCAGUUACGUUCGUCACUGCCGUCCGAACAUUCUAAGAAGCCAUUGCACACUCGAGAUUUUGGCAAACAUUCACCGAGGGGACAUCGAUGACCCUUGCAGGAUACCAUUAAAGAUCGGAUGUCUUCCCUUGAUAUCGUGUGCUCGACCCAGGGAAGGUAAUGAUGAACUUUCGUGUAUACUCCUGGCCUUCCUGGUCUCGCACAACCGUAACCAUUCGAAGUGAUACCUGAUGAAAUAAAACACGAAACUAUAACAAUUUAUCAUCUAAAAUGAAUAUUCAAAAAUUUUAAUAAUUCAUUUUUCUUUGUUUAAAUGUAUUUCAGUUAUGAAUCUAUUAAUUCAUUACACUUAGCCUUUUGUUAGUUUUAAAUUUAGUAAUUCCUUUUCAAAUCAAAUAGUUUCUUUUAUCACAUUGUUGUUCAAUUAGUAUUCGCUAUAUUUGCAAUGUUCAUAUCUUGAUCUUAUAGCACAAAUUUAUUCUUAUUCAAAUCAUGGCCAGAACCGGUUCAUAGUUUUACUGAUUACAAGAUGCAUAUUUGCAUACAGUGACGUUUAAUUUCACAAUAUUGUUAAGUAAAUUCGAUUUGUAUAAUUACUGUUAACCCUUUGAACUCGACAAUAUUUUAACCCUUUGAACUACAAAUAUUCAUUAUUUUCUGAUGAAAUAGUAACAAUAUUUUUGGUAACUAGCACAAAUAAUUGCCUUAUAUAAAUUAAGAAACGAAACUAUUUUAUUUCGACGUUCCACUUGUUGAUCAAUUACAUAAAAUUUGAUAUUGAAUUUGAAAUUUUAUAAUUUUGCUACGUCGGAUCUGAUGGCGACAGAGAGGCGCCUUUCGAGCGCAAAGGGUUAAAUUUGAAUCUUAAUUAUCGAUAUCUUUACUGGAAACGGAUGUAUAUAUACAUAUAGAGGUAUCAUAUUAAUUUGUUCGUUUUUUGUAGAAACAUAAUUACUGACCGUGAAGAGUAUAUUUAUUGUCCGAUCCCGAGCAAACCAAAGGUCCACCACUGUCUCCCAAGCAAGCGUCCCUUCCGCCGUCCUUUAAUCCAGCGCAAAGCAUGCCGGACGUGAUCCUGUACAAAGGAAGAAACAGAGUCUUCCUUCGACAUUCCUCAGUUGAAAUCACCGGAAGUUGUACUUCUUGCAAAGUGUCCGCUGUUAAGUAAAAUCAUUAUUCGUUACGGAUGGUCAACGCCUUGGUAACUAAACUGCAAUCAUAUAUUCAGGGCCGCGCCAACCAUAGGGUGCAAGGGCAACAAAAAAACAAAUAUUUAAUAUUUAUUUUAUGCACUUAAUAUUUAAUUUUAAUUAUGCAAUGUAAUCAUUAAAAGUGCGGUGAAUGAGACGGUGUACGGCCUUGCGGCGAAGUGUUAUUGAAACAUCAUGAUGUUUGCAAUUUUUUAAGGGGAUGCUGAUAAAAGUUUGCAUCCGGGUGGCAAAUACCUUUGGCGCGUCCCUGUAUGCAAGCAUAAAAUUUUAUGAACUAAUUUAUAAAAACU